GCUGGGCAAAGAAGGUCUCAGUCUGGGGGGACCCGACGAGUUUCCAGGUCUCUCCCUCCUGAGCAGCGAUGGGGGCGGGUCGGAUCCUGGGGGCCGGGAGCCGCUGGGCUGGGGCUCUGCUGGUGACACUGACGGUGCUGAGAACCCACCUGGCUCAUUGCACGGAGCCCGAAGGGCGGUUCGUGAUCCAGGAUAAGUUUGACUGUUACUUCACCAACGGCACCGAGCAGGUCCGGUAUCUGUACCGGCUCAUCUACAACCAGCAGCAGAUCGCGCACUUCGACAGCGACCUAGGGGUGCAUGUGGCGGACACGGAGCUGGGGCGGCCCAACGCCGAGUAUUGGAACAGCCAGCCCGAGAUCCUGGCGGAGAGGCGGGCUUUGGUGGACCGGUGCUGCCGGUACAACUACGGGCUGGAGAAACCUUUCACCAUCGACCGGAGAGUUCCACCUGAGGUGAAAGUUUUCCCCAUGAAAUCGGGGUCCGAGCCCCACCCCCACCUGCUGGUUUGCUCGGUGACGGGGUUUUACCCCGGGGGGAUCGAGAUCCAGUGGCUGAAGAACGGGCAGGAGCAGACGGCCGGGGUGGUGUCCACGGAGCUGCUCCAGAACGGAGACUGGACCUUCCAGAUCCUGGUGAUGCUGGAGAUGAGCCCCCGGCGUGGGGACGUCUACACCUGCCAGGUGGAGCACGUCAGCCUGGGGGGGCCCCUCGCCGUGCACUGGGAGGCGCAGUCUGACUCCGCCAGGAGCAAGAUGCUGACGGGGGUCGGGGGCUUCGUGCUGGGGCUGAUCUUCCUGGCGCCUGGACUCCUCAUCUACCUGAAGAAUAAGAAAGGGCGCCCCGUUCCCCAACCUGCAGGGCCCCUGCGUUAGAUCCUGGGCGUCGGAUCCCCCGGCCGGCAGGAGUUUCCGUCCGUCUCCCCCAGCCCCUCGCCCAGCCCGGAGAAUGCAGAACCUGGGGCCGGUCCCUUCCUGUCCCCGUCUGCUCCCCGCGCUCUGCCUGGCAACAGUCCGCGCUGCCCCCGCUUGGGGACCCGUCCCUGCCUCUCAGUCCCAGCAGGGCCCUGGAGCGACCCUCUCUCGCUGUCUGGAGAGGCUCCCGAGUGCCAGCCUCAUCUAGUAGCAGCCUAACUAGACUGUUAGGAGCCGGGGCACAAACCUGAAAUUGGCCGAGUUCUUACCAAGGUAUCAAGUGUGAACGCCGCAGGCCCUGUAACAACCGAGUCAUGGAGUCACGGUCACCUGGGGUUCUCUGCUCUGUCUGGCUACCCCGGCCAGCCUGCCCUUGUGAUCGAUCGAUCGUCCCUUCCACCACAAAUCACAGUGAUGUUCGGGUCACUCCCUGUCCCAAAGGAGCAGUCGCUCACCCCAGGGCAGUGGCACCUUCGCUCUCACUCCACAGACAACGCUUGUAGCCAGUCCUGUAAUAACCUCAGUAAAGAUUCAUUAACUACGACAAAGCACGGGGAGUGCUUUACAAAGUUAAAGCA